GCCUCUCCUAUACCUGCGCACAUGGCCGCCGCAGUCGCCACGCCGGCGCUCAAGACGCACUAUCGGCGGCGGCGCACGCUGCAGCCGUUCUACAGCGGCGGCAGCGUCGCGCUCACGUCCGACGGCCGCUGGCUCGUCUCGACGCUCGACCAGGAGGCUGUGAUCACUGAUGUGCAGACGGGCCGCGUGGCCGCCACCAUCCCGAGCGACACCGAGGAUGUUACCUCGCUCGCCCUCACGCCAUCGGACACGCACGUCAUCAUCGCAUCGCGCUCGCUCGCAGUGCGCAUCUUCGCAGUCGACUUCUCGCAAGAAGAAGUCACCGCCACGCUUGUGCGCUCGCUGCCGCGCGCUCACGAUGCGCCUGUCGCGGUGCUGUCCGUCGACCCGACGUCGACGCUGCUCGCGACCGGCGCCGCCGACGGCGCAGUGAAGGUGUGGGACAUUGCGGGCGGCUUCUGCACGCACGUCUUCCGCGGACACGGCGGCGUCGUGAGUGCGCUCAAGUGGAACAUGCCGUCGCCAGAGAGCGAGCAGGCUGCAGCCAAGGGCAAGGGCAAGGGGCCGCAGGCCUCCUCGUCCGAGCGGCGCAUCGAGCUCUUCACUGGCAGCAUCGACGGCCGCGUGCGUCUCUGGGAUCUCCGCCAGCGCCCGGCGAGCGGCGCGCACAAGCCUGCGGCAGUGCUGGCGGCGCAUGUGUCGGUGGUGCGCGCUUUGGCACUUUCUGCGGACGGCCGCUCGCUCGUCACUGGCGCGCGUGACCGCACGCUAGUCUUCUGGCGGCGAAAAGGCGACGCGUCCGGCUCCCGACAAGCUUCAACUGGCGGAUGGGAGAUGGUGGAGACGCUCACAGCAGGAGAGGGCAUCGAGGCCGCCGGCUUCCUGGAGCCGGGCUGCAGUCUCGGGCGCCGCGAGGACGCUGCUGCUCAGGACCUCUUCUGGACCGGCGGCUCGGAGGGCGAGGUGCGCCUGUGGAGCUUCGCGCAGCACAACGUCGUGGUGCAGCAGCCCGGCGGCCGCUGGGCGCUAGGCCUUUGCGGCAAGGGCGCAGCCGCGCUUGCGACCGACGAUGCUGCUCCUGACGAGGCGCGUGCCGUCAUCGAGUGCCACUACGUGCCGGCCCUCGACGUCGUCGUCAGCGUGCACGCCGACCAGAAUCUGAUCUUCCACGCUGUGCCAAACCCGGUCUCGCGGCCAAGAGCGGGACGGAGGCCUCUGAGCCGCACACUGCAGCUCGUUGGCUUCAACGACGAGGUGGUUGAUCUCGCUCUGCUGUCGCCGCGAGCUACGAGCUCGAAGGAGGCACCGCAGGAGACGCACCUCGCCGUCGCCACGAACAGCUCGUCGAUCCGCGUGUACACGCUUGAGGGUGACAGCCAGCACGUCGAGCUCCUGCCCUCCGACGCGGCUGCAUCUUCCGGCCACUCGGCUCUCGUCCUCUGCCUGGACAAGACGUACGACGGCAAGUGGCUUGCCAGUGGCGCAAAGGACCGGACAGCCCGCGUGUGGGCAUGGUGCCCCAAGCGGCAGCAGGCGAGCGCCGCCUCGACCUCCGCCGCCGCCGAUCUGGGCACGAUCGUCACCGACAGCGAGCUCGCAGCCUCAUCAGAGACUGCAGAAGGCGAAUGGCUGUGUGUGGCAGUCGCCGAGGGCCACGCUGAAUCGGUCGGCGCAGUGGCCUUUGCGCGCCGCCCAGCUGCACCCGGCGCUGUCGGAGCGCCAUUCCUCGUCACUGCCAGCCAGGAUCGUACGGCGAAGGUGUGGGACCUGAGCGUGCUUGCUCAGUACCUUGAGAAGGACCCGUCGCCGGCCGUUCCGCUCAAGCUGCGCAGCCUCACGACGCUCAAGAUCCACGACAAGGAUGUGAAUGCUCUGGACGUCUCGCCCAACAAUGCACUGCUGCUGUCCGGCAGUCAGGACCGCACAGCCAAGGUCUGGGCGCUCGGCUACGCCGCGCCCAGCAAGUCGAACAGCAACACGGCAUCGGCGAGCCUGAAGCCCCUGGCCACGUGCACCGCGCACAAGCGAGGCGUGUGGGCCGUGCGCUUCUCGCCGGCCGACGCUGCGUUCGUCACGGCAUCUGCUGACCGCACAGCGCGCCUGUGGAGCCUCAAGGACUUUGCAUGCGUCAAGACGUUCGAGGGCCACACGAACGGCGUGCUUCGCGCCGAGUUCCUGGGCGCUCGAGGCAUGCAGCUGGUCACCAGCGGCAGUGACGGCCUGGUGAAGCUGUGGAAUGUGCGCGACGAGCAGUGUGUCGACACCAUGGACGGCCACGACGCGCGUGUGUGGGGUCUUGCGCCUCGGUCCGACGGCACUGAGAUCAUCAGCGCGGGCGCAGACAGCGUCAUGUCCUUCUGGGAGGACCGCACGGUCGAGGACGAGGUCGAGAAGGCCAGAGAUCGCGAGACAGCAGUGGAGCGGGAACAGCAGUUCGCCAAUCUCCUCACGCUCAAGGACUAUCGCAACGCGAUUGCGCUGGCCAUCUCGAUGGACCACCCGCGCCGUCUCCUCAACCUCUUCACCACGGUCAAUGCCAGCCGGCCAGACGGCGACGCGGCCACGUCUGCGGGACAGCUGCUUGACUCAGCGCUGCAGACGGCAGUGCCCUCUUCGCAGAGCGAUCUUGCGAUGGCAGCGCUGCGGCGCGCCGGUAUCUUCGGUGCGCCGAAGGCUGAGGCAGCGUCUGAGACUGCCGUGACGCCUGCGCCAGGGUCAGGCAGCAUCACCGGCUCUCGCGCCGUCGACGACGUCAUCCGUGGCCUGUCGACCGUCCAGCUCGCCAAGCUCCUCGAGUACAUCCGCGACUGGAACACGUCGGCACGGACGUCUGUCGUCGCGCAGACUGUGCUGCAUGCCAUCCUGCGCUUCCACUCCGCAGAGGACGUCAUCGCCGCCUUCGACAACGCGACAGUGUCUCCGCGCACCGAUGACACAGAGGGCGUCAAGCGACCUCAAAGGCGCGGACGGCGCCAAGCCGACCUCGCGUCCGUCAUCGAUGGCCUCGUGCCCUACACGGAGCGGCACUAUGCACGCGCAGACCGCAUGCUCACCGAGAGCGCCAUGCUUGAGUUCACACUCGCGUCCAUGGACGCUGUGCUCGGCGACGACGGCGACGACGAGGGCUUCGCAGCGCCAGAGCUUGCGCCGAUCCCCGAUGAGGACGGCGCCGUGCGCGACGCCGACAUGCUCAGCGACGAGCCUGCGCUCAGCAGCAGCGAGAGCGAGGACUGGUUCGAGAUGCUGGAGUAG